UAUACGCUAUCGGCUUUGUUUUAAACCACAUAGAUCUACGUUGCACAAAAGUGCAGUUUGGAAAAAGUAAACAGUUCCACUUUUCGGACACAGUGAAUGAUCAUCUUGUAUAACAAAAAUAUUUAAACCGUCUCAUAAAGUAUGUGCAGUUGAAAUUUUGCUAGGAGCAAAUAUCCGUAAACAUAAUUAAUUAUAUCAUUGUUAAUUAAGCAAACAUGGCGGAAUACAAUGAAUACUACGAAGAAACACAGGGGACAGUGUUUCCACGUGACCCGUUUGAUCCAGAAGGGGCAGCUGCUGAAUUAAGAAAAGCUAUGAAAGGCUUUGGCACAGACGAGGAUGCGAUAAUAGAGGUAAUGUCGACCCACACAACAGAACAAUUAGCUGAGAUAGAACUGGCUUUUAAACAACAGUAUGGAAAGGAUCUUAGAAAAGAUCUGAAGUCAGAGAUCGGUGGUAAAUUUGAAGAUCUCGUACUUGCACUUUUUGAAAAACACGAGGUGUAUGAUGUGAAAGAAAUCCAUCGUGCAAUCAAGGGUCUAGGGACAGACGAGAAAGUACUGUUGGAAAUAUUAUUGACAAGUGAUAAUGAAGAAAUAGAAGGACUAAAAGAAGAAUACAAGAAACAAUUCAAAUCUGACCUCGAAAAGGACAUUAUGAAAGACACAAGCGGACACUUCCGACGUUUACUUGUGUCCGUGUUGGCUGCACACAGAGACGAGAGCGAUGACGUUGACGAGGAUCUGGCAAUAAAGGAAGCAAAAGAGCUUUUCGAGGCAGGGGCUGACAAAGUAGGCACGGAUGAGUCAACUUUCAAUCGAGUAUUUUGCACUCGCAACAGUUUACAGCUAUUGGCAACAUUCAAUGCAUACAAAUCUAUUUACGGAAAAGAUAUCGAAGAGGUGAUUAAGAAAGAAACAAGUGGAGCGUUACAGGAUGGUCUUGUAGCCAUAGUGCGUAUUAUGCGCAAUACACAAGCUUAUUUCGCUGAAAGAUUGUAUAAAAGUAUGAAAGGUAUAGGAUCAAAGGACAGUGAUCUAAUACGAAUUGUGGUAACAAGGAGAGAGUUGGAUCUGGAGCAAAUCAAAUAUGAAUUUUUAAAAGCGUACGGUAAACCUUUGGAGAAUUUCAUAAAAGAUGACACGAGCGGAGAUUACCGGAAAUUGCUGCUUGCUUUGUGUAAAGAGACAAACCUAAGUGCUGCGAUGAAAAUGAAGAAACUGUCUAUCAGCCAGAAAUCAAAAGGAACGGUGUUUCCACGUGACCCUUUUGAUCCAGAAGGAGCAGCUGCUGUGCUAAGAAAAGCUAUGAAAGGCUUUGGCACAGACGAGGACGCAAUAAUAGAAGUUAUGUCGACCCACACAUCUAAUCAAAUAGGUGAGAUAGAGAUGGCUUUUAAACAACAGUAUGGAAAGGAUCUUAGAAAAGAUCUCAAAUCAGAGAUCAAUGGUAGGUUUCAAGACCUUGUUCUGGCACUUCUCGAAGACCCUCUUGUAUAUGAUGUGAAAGAAAUCCAUAAUGCAAUCAAGGGUUUAGGGACAGACGAGAAAGUUAUUUUGGAAAUACUAUUAACAAGUGAUAAUGAAGAAAUAGAAGAGCGUAAAGAAGAAUACAAAAAACAAUUCGGGUCUGAUCUUGAAAAGGACAUUAUGAAAGACACAAGUGGACACUUCCGACGUUUACUUGUGUCUGUGUUAACUGCCUACAGAGAUGAGAGCAAUGAGGUAGACGAGGAUCUAGCUAUUAAGGAAGCAACAGAACUUUUCAAGGCUGGGGCAGACAAAAUUGGUACAGACGAGUCCACAUUCAAUCGAAUAUUUUGCACCCGCAAUGAGUUACAGUUAUUGGCAACAUUUAAUGCAUACAAAUGUAUUUACGGGAAAGACAUUGAAGAGGUGAUUAAGAAAGAAUUAAGUGGAUCAAUACAAGACGGUCUUAUAGCCAUAGUGCGUAUUGUACGCAAUACACCAGCUUAUUUCGCAGAAAGAUUGUAUAAAAGUAUGAAAGGUAUCGGAUCGAAAGAUAACGAUCUAAUACGGCUUGUGGUAACAAGAAGAGAGUUAGAUAUGGAGCAAAUCAAAUACGAAUUUUUGAAAAUGUACGGUAAACCACUGGAGAGCUUCAUAAAAAGUGAUACAAGCGGAGAUUACCGAAAGUUACUGCUUGCCUUGUGUAAAGAGACAGACCCAAGUAUUGCUGUUAGUAUGAAGAAACUUUCAAUGAGCCAGAGUGUGACACAAGUGAAGACCAAGUCCACCAAGGGUAAAAAGACCAAGUCCAAAAAGGGUAAAAAGAUUAAAAAGAAAUUAAAGAAAAUCAAAGGGGAUAGUAGUGAAAGUGGAGAAAGUGAAGAUGAUGGAUCUGAAGAAGAGGAAAACGAGGAGGAACAAGAAGAGGAAGAAGAACAACAAGAAGAGGAGGAGGAAGAAAAUCAGGAGGAGGCAGAGGAGGAGGCAGAGGAGGAGGAAGGGCAAGCAGACGAGGAAGAGGAAGGAGAAGAGGAGGAAGAAGAAGAAGAAGAGGAGGAGGAGGAGGAGGAGGAAGAAGAAGAAGAAGCAGAAGCAGAAGCAGACGAAGACUAAAGGAUAUUUUAAUAUUCAUCUGGUCGAAAAUAUAUUAUCUAUUAAAAUCAAAUCGUUGUCAAUAAAGAACAUAAUACAGAGUGCUGGUAUAGUUAAUGAACUACGAACAAACAACUGUCUUAUAAACUUGAUUCAGCAUAAUAUAAAAUUUUGAAAAUUUUUAAGUUAUAAUUUAUUAUGCACAUCGAAAGCUGCGUAAAACUCGUAUAAAUGAGGAAGGUAUCUUCAACAUUUUCUAUUGUUUUUUUUUCGUCUACCCUGGUAUAUGAGUGCAGCAAAUUUCCCCGGUGCUGGUUUGUUUCGGUUUACUUUAGGUACUUUUCUCUUUUAUGAAGUUGUUAACAAGAUCAUUCUCUGUUUUUACAUUAUGCGUCUUUUGUAAUAACUACUUGUGCCAGGAAGUCGUCUCUGCACCUUUUACUUUGGAGUACAUUGUAUUGUAAAAGUUUAAGUGUAGUUUGCUGCAUCAUUAACCUUUAUUAUUAUUAUUAUUAUUGUUAUCAUUAUUAUUAUUCAAGAUUUACAUAGCGCCAUUUUCAUGAUAAACAUGUUCAAAGGCGCUUUACAUAUAGCAAAACGCAGCCACACAUGGCGCGAAAUUCAUUCUCUACUAGUACAGACACAAAGCAAUCUGACCAUAGGAACAGAGUGAGACAAAGCCCCCAGAACAGAGAGAGAGAGAGAGAGAGAGAGAGAGAGAGAGAGAGAGAGAGAGAGAGAUCCUUUUUAGAUACAGGCUUGUACGGUUAACUUAGCCUAGCUCCUUUCGAAUAUACAGUCUGGUUCUUUAACGUGCCCGAUGUAUAGCACCGAUAUACGCGAAGCCGUCUUUCAUGGGAAGAACCAGUAAAGGCCUUUUAGUUAGGUGGGAGACACUCAAGAGCAUCUCAGAAAUUCCCAGUGCCUGGACCGGGAUUCGAACUUCGGACCUCUGGAUUGACAGUCAAGCGUGUUACCACUAGACCACCGAUUUCAACUCCUUAGUUGUAAAUUUGCAGCUAACUGUUCCAGCACGAUGUGCAAGUAUAUUCCUCCAUUUGUCUGUUUUGUCCUCGUUGUAUUUAUAUUUUUAAUUUUUUUUCUAUUUAUUUUUAUGUAUAUGUGUAUGUUAAUUAUGAACAUAUCAACACAUACACUGAUGUAUAGUUCCAGUGAGGGAGUGGAGGGGAUGACAGCAUUCUUAGAAUGUGGGUAACCCAUUUUGAUCAUUUCUUAUUGUUUAUAGGUUAUGUAUAUUCCCUGUGUUGUUUAUAUUUACAGAUAUUUAAGAACUGAUGCCCUUCUUUGUGUAUAUAGGUUAUUUGCUGGUCGUAUUAGAAUAUAUAUUUUGUUUCUUUGUUAAUUGUCCUCUCUAGAAAAUCAGUUAUGAAUUGAGCAACUUACCCAAAAUUUCAUUCAGCUGAAAUUUUCUUUAACAACAUAAUUAUCUGAAGCAACAAUCAUCUUAGAUAGGUAGUGAGUGUUUUGAGUGUUCAAGUGCAAUGUGACGACCGUAAAAUACUCUCUCUCUCUGUACUUAGACUCAGUGAUGUUAUAUAUUUGAGCCGUGCCAUGAGAAAACCAACAGUGGCUUUGCGUCCAGCAUGGAUCCAGACCAGCCUGCGCAUCCGCGCACUCUGGUCAGGAUCCAUGCUGUUCGCUAACGGUUUCUCUAAUUGCAGUAGGCUUUGAAUACGAACAGCAUGGAUCCUGACCAGACUGCGCAGAUGCGCAGACUUGUCUGGAUCCAUGCUGGUCGCAAAGCCACUAUGUUGGUUUUCCCAUGGCGCGGCUCAUUUAGUAUUUGUCUACUGGAAUUCUGCUUAAGCCGGUGUUAGGGGGCGGGAAUGUUUAACUCGGUCAAACCGAGUGUUCUUUUAUUCUGCUUGAUAUUUCUCAGUGUCAUUUUCUUCAUUUUUAAGUACAUUAUUUUAUGCAAGUCUGGGAUAACUUGUCAUUGUAUAUUAAAGAAUAUACACCUUUGCAUGUCUUUAAACGAAAUGGAAAAUACAUUUAGUUGAUUUACAUCGACACGUGUGUGUCUGUCAAAAAUUAAUUAUCAGUUUUGUUGCUUUUUAACAAUAUCUUAGUGGUAAUAUUUCUGUAUACUUGGUAUACACAAUACUUGUGUCUUAGUAUAUUACCUUUAUCAAAUAAAGAUUUUAUUAUUAUUAUCACCAAUACAA